AAGGUUCUCCAACUAACUUGAUAUCGACCUCGACCACCAUGACCGCUGUGCCAGGCGUCCAGAUCCACUCCACCGCCGCGCAGGAUGCGCAGGAGCAAAUCCUUACCACCGAUGCGCUCAAGUUUCUCGCGGCGCUGCAUCGCACGUUCGAGUCUACGCGCCAGUCCCUCCUGCAUGCGCGAGAAGACGCCCAGCGCUUGCUGGACUCCGGCAAGCCCCUCGACUUCCUUCCCGAGACGGAGCACAUCCGACGCGAACCCAGUUGGCAUUGCGCCCCGCCCGCGCCGGGGUUGGAGGACAGACGGGUGGAGAUCACUGGCCCCACGGACAGGAAGAUGGUGAUCAAUGCCCUGAACAGCGGCGCGAAGACGUUCAUGGCCGACUUUGAGGAUGCGAACUGCCCGACGUUUGCAAACAUGCUAUACGGUCAGAUCAACCUGCGGGACGCGAUUCGGCGAAAGAUCGACUUCGAAAUCGGCGGAAAGUCGUACAAGUUGGUAGAAAAGCCGGCUGUUUUGAUCGUCAGACCCCGUGGAUGGCACCUGGACGAACCUCGCGUUACCGUCGACAACCAGCCGGUCUCCGGCAGCAUCUUCGACUUCGCGCUGUACUUCUUCCACAACGCAAAAGAGCUCAUCGCGCGAGGUUCCGGACCCUACUUCUACCUUCCCAAGAUGGAAAGCUACCUAGAGGCCCGCCUCUGGAACGACAUCUUCAACUUCAGCCAGAGCUUCAUCGGCAUCCCGCACGGCACCAUCCGCGGCACCGUCCUCAUCGAAACACUCCCCGCGGCCUUCCAGAUGGAGGAGAUCCUGUUCGAGCUAAGGACACAUUCGAGCGGCCUGAACUGCGGACGAUGGGAUUACAUCUUCAGCUUCAUCAAGAAGCGAAGGGCGGAUCGGCGGGCUGUGCUGCCCGACAGGAAGGACGUCACCAUGGAGGUCGGCUUUAUGGAUGCCUAUGUCCGCCUGCUGAUCCAGACAUGUCAUCGACGGAAGGUUGCGGCAAUGGGCGGAAUGUCUGCCCAAAUUCCCAUUAAGGGCGACGAUAAGGCGAAUGAGGUGGCAAUGAACAAGGUUCGUGCGGACAAGUUGCGCGAAGUGAAGGCUGGUCACGAUGGCACCUGGAUCGCGCACCCGCUGAUUAACAAGAUCGCGCUGGAGGUAUUCGACCAACACAUGCUUGGCCCGAACCAGUACCACGUCCGUCGGGAGGAGGUCCGCGUCGCCGCGGCCGACCUGCUCGACACCAACGUGCCCGGGCAGAUCACCACCGAAGGCGUGCGCUCGAACGUCUCGGCCUCGCUUGCGUACUGCGGCGCCUGGCUCGGCGGCAACGGGUGCAUUCCCCUCAACUGGCUCAUGGAGGAUGCCGCGACGGCGGAGAUCACGCGCGUGCAGCUCUGGCAGUGGGUGCGCUACAGCUCGCGCCUCUCGGACACGGGUGAGACCAUCACUGCCGCGUACAUCGACAAGGUGGUGGACGAGGUCGUGCCGGAGGUCAAGAAGAUCGUGCCGUCGAUCAAGGACGACCACCUGAAGAUCACCGCGGAAUAUUUGAAGGCGCAGGUGCGGAAGGAGUGGCCGAGCGAGUUUUUGACGAGCGAUUUCAUGCCGUAUCUCGCGGCCAGCGACGGGGUGGACGCGAAGUGGCACAAGAGCGCGCUAUAAUUUGCUGGCCUGCGUCGCUCCGAUUGGGACGGGUGCAUGCUGAGAGUGUAUUGUAUACUUUGAUUGUCUUGUCGGAGGCUUAUGUAUUUUUCUUCCCGUACCGAGUGUCAACAGGACGUGGCCGCUUCGGCGUUAUCAGGUCGUGUGAAAGUCCGAACGAAAGUAUCCACCCCAGUCAUGACCCACUGGCGCUUAGUACAUUCUCCCUCGCGCAGAACGAACGUCAAGGCGUGAUGCACACCGACCUCCCCCUGUUUUCCGAGACAAGAGACUCAAGUGGCCGACGACUAUGGCAUCAGCAACCGAUUAUAAGCAACGGAUUGCAAAUUGAUGCGCGGUCAACGCGUCCACGCGGCUUGAUCCCGACGGACCGUUUCAUUCAGCGACGAUGUGCUUAUGGGUUUGUGGAGCCUAACACGUUAUUGGAUAUGGACCUGUGUUGGACCGGUGUGCAGUUAUCCGAUGCAUCAACUGAGAGCUCUGCCGCUGCCAUGUCUCUCCUCAAAGAUGUGCUGCGGAAGAACAGCGAGACGAGCGGGUUCCAGCCGCCGAAGGCGCUCACUUCAAAGCGCGGGAUGAAGGAGUAUGCUGGUUCGAUUCUAUCAACGGGAGGCUCGACGAUCCGCUCCGUGCGAUCCAUCGCCGAAUCCGUCGCCAGUUUCUACAGCAUGAUGACGGGCGGCUCACGCAUCCCCAAGCGGAGAAGGCCUGAGGUGUCGAGGCUGGGUGUGACGAAAUUCUAUCGUAAGAACCCCAAACCUCCGUUGGACAUGCCGGGCGUCAAGUAUCUGGACUCUGCCGAACUGGGUCCUUGGACGGCCGCGCAUGGAAAGGCCUUCGCUUCAUACGACAACGAGCCCGCUUGGGGGUCCAUAAUCUUGUAUAGCCACGCGUCGAUUCAAGAUCCGCGACCGUGCUAUCAUUCGCGAGCAAAGAUCGAAGGUGAGCUGCGCAUACGGAUCGACAACCCUAUGCGCAUCUCUGCCAUCGAUGUAUGGCUCAUCGGCAAGAGCGAGUGUAUCCUGGAUCUUAACCAAGCGCCUUUCAUCAAUGCACGAGCCCAUCUUUGGAAACCUGAGGAUGGUGAUCCGAGUCAUCCUAAGGUGCAAGCUCGUUUGCCGCCAUUCAAGGGCAAAUUCCGUCCGGGAACGUACGUUCUCCCGUUCGAGUUCCCAGCCUUGCCCCGUGACGUGGAAGAGAUGCAGAUGGAUCAUCGGAUCCAAAUGCCAAAAGCUACGCGCCUCUUCUUACCUGCUUCUCACGAGUUCUCGGAAACUUUGGGCUGGGUCGGAUGGAAUAAAUAUCUCAUCGGCGUGAACAUACACAAGGAGGGACUCGGGGCUAUCAAAGACGAGUGGAACGUCCAAUUCGACUACUAUCCAAGAGCACGACCUAUUCCUCGACCGGACACGCCGUUUCCUUUCCUGCCAACCAGGGACGAUUGGCCAUUCUCUCGCGAAGAGGUUGGAGGAUGGACUUUGACACCGUUCGGUGGGCGAGGCCGCUUUCGCGACGAAAUGAUUGAGCUCGAAGGCAUUCUCGGUGUGCAAGCCCCUGCCGUCUACAGCCCGGGAAUGACCGUCAAGUUCUCUCUUCUCUUAUGGUGCACAAAUCCGGAUGCCUUGGACGCCCUUUCCCAACCCGAGUCUUUUCAGGUGGACUUCCUUCGAGGUGACCUAUGGGGCCUCGACGUCCUGGACCCCCACAACUCGGCACGGAAGAACCGGCACCUCACCCGCCUGAAGGAAGGGCGCGUAUGGCGCACGGACGACGGCCCUCCUUCCCCUGGUUCAACCCCUGUGAAGCGCACAACGCUCGAUGGCGUGCAAAAGGGGCACAGGAAGAGCGACUACGCGUCAUCGGGCAAGGCCGCGAGUCUAAGCGUUCUGAAGAGGUCCGGUUUGGCGCCCACGAGAAUGAUGGAGCUGUACAACCAGGCGACCGCAGAUGAAGACCAAACUCCUCAGGCGGAGAAGCCUUGGUUGUAUGACCCGUUGAAUCCCAGCAGCGCGGCCGCUUCCACGACUUCGGUCACAGGACUUCUCGCGAAACGAGACGAUAGCGCGGCGAGCGUGGCCACUGCGUCAAUAGCAUCUCAAUCCAUGGAUUCCUUGGUGGCGGGGCUGCCUGCACUGACUCUCAACGCGGAAGCUACCACAGGAGCCGUUGCUAUAUCGGGUGUUCCUCCCAUGGUGCACAGCGAAACAUCUCAGGAUACGCAAGUGGGCCAAGUGGCGAAGAGCGAAACUGGCAAAGAGGGAGUGGAGCAGAACGAGUCAGGUUUAGAAGAGGAUAAAGCAGCUCAAGACGAUUCGGACCGUGCACCAUCCCCUACACCAUCGAUGGAAGAAGCUACCAUGGAUGGAGAGGACGAACCGGAUCAGACUAUCCGAUUGGAUGGCGACGUUAUCGUGCCUCCAUGUAUGCCUCCAAGCUACCGUUGGAAGUACCAGGGCAUGGAGUACUCCCUCCAUCUCAUCAUCACCCAUCCAGAAUACUCUCAUAUAUCCCCUCGGGCUACCGGCAUCGUCGCAGAAACGCCCUUAUGGAUCGUGACGGAUCCGCCACGUACCGCUGAGAAUAGCGAUACUGAUUCCUCGCCAGAUCCCUCUUCAUCGUCGACUCU